AUGUUUCAGAAGAAUUUUGGUCUCAAAGGAGACUCUUUGAUUAAUGCCAUCUUAGCAGCUUCAACCUGUGGGUUUUUACUUUUCGGGUAUGACCAGGGUGUUAUGUCUGGUAUAAUCAGUAACGCAGUUUUUAAUGACGAUUUUCCAGCCACUAAGAUGGCUGAUUCAGAUGAUGUGUACCAUUCUACUAUUCAAGGUACAGUGACUGCUGUAUACGAAGUUGGUUGUUUGUUUGGUGCACUUCUCGCUCUUUUCAUAGGUGAUAUGCUUGGGAGAAGAAAAAUAAUGGCACUUGGUGCUGUUAUUAUGAUCAUAGGAACCAUAAUCAUGGUUACAUCCAUUCCUGGUCAUGUUCCAUUAGCCCAAUUUAUUGUUGGUAGAGUUAUCUGUGGUAUUGGUAACGGUAUGAAUACUUCGACCAUCCCAUCUUGGCAAUCCGAAACUUCUAAAUCUCACAAUAGAGGUGCACAUGUUUGUUUCGAAGCAUCCAUGAUUGCCAUCGGUACUGUAAUUGCAUAUUGGAUAGAUUUUGGAUUGGAUUUCGUCGAUACAUCUGUUGCCUGGAGAUUUCCAAUCGCUUUCCAAUGUAUUUUUGCAGUUAUUUUAUUAGUAUUAAUAAGUAAUUUACCAGAAUCUCCUAGAUGGUUGUUGACGCAGCAUAGGGAAGAGGAAGCAUUACAAAUCAUGGCUGAUUUAAACGGUACAGAAAUCACUGAUCCAGAAACUAUUGCUCAAAAGGAAGCUGUUUAUGAAUCUAUCAGAAAGAGUACUCAGAAGGUAACAAACAGAGAAUUAUUAGAUCGCGGUAGAUCAAAGAACUUGAGAAGAACUCUCAUUGGUGCAUCUUCACAAGCAUUCCAACAGUUGGGUGGAUGUAAUGCAGUUAUUUACUAUGCUCCAGUAUUGUACCAAAAUUCUUUAGGUAUGGACAGAUUAAUGGCAAUGAUUUUAUCUGGUGUUACUAUCAUUGUGUACGCUUUAUUUGCAUGUUUCAGUUUCUACUUAGUGGAAAAAGUUGGUAGAAGACCAUUAUUUUUGUGGGGUGCUGUGGGUCAAUGUGUUGCGAUGGUAAUUACAUUUGCCUGUUUGAUCCCAGAUACUAAAGAAAGUUCAAAGGGUGCAACUUUUGGUAUAUUCUUAUUCCUUGCCGUGUUCGGUGCCACUUGGUUAUCGUUACCUUGGUUAUACCCAGCUGAAUUAUCUCCUUUGAAGAUUAGAACCAAAGCCAAUGCAAUUUCCACAUCUUCUAACUGGUUAUUCAACUUCUUGAUUGUUCAAGUUACACCCGUAAUGGUCGCAUCUAUUCAUUGGGGUACUUACUUGUUUUUCGCCAUUUUGAAUGGAUUAUUCAUCCCAAUUGUUUAUUUCUACUAUCCUGAAACAAAGGGAAGGUCAUUAGAAGAAUUAGAUGUCAUUUUUGCCAAGUCCCAUGUUGAGAAUAUGGCUGCUGUUCAACUUGCGAAGGACGAGCCAUUUAUGGAACAUCAUGAAAUUUUAGAAGCUAUUAGAGAAUUAGAAUUGAAAGAAAACGCCGAAAAGGGUGAUUUCGAAAGGGGUACCGAGUUAAUGGAACCAAGUGAUGAAAACACUGCACAAGGUUCUUUGAGUGAGAAAGAAAACCCAUCUAACUAA